AUGCUUUGGACAGGCCACUCUGGCACAAUUAUUUUUACAGGCUUCGGUUUUGUUAUUUGUUUGUCGGGAUGUUUCAUGACCUCAAACAUUAUUCUAGUCUUUAAAUACUCCCGUUUCACGAUUCAUUUGAGUCAAAACACAAGACUAAUGCACGAGCAAUUGACGCGGGUCUCUUUCCUUCAGUUCACUUUUCUCUUCUUCACUUGCCAAUUACCAUUUAUUCUUGCUGUUGUAAUCUCUGCGUCUUUCGGCGAUAAUUUUGGUUGGCUUGCUACAAGUCUCGGGGUGUUGACCAACUUUCAUUAUUCUGGAAAUUGUCUCCUUGUUCUUGCUUUCACAAAGUUUUAUCGUGAAUGGUUGAAAAACUUCUUUAGAAGUUCGAGAGUCAACACGAGAAUAAAAAUCGAAAGUUCAAUCAUGGUUCGUCGAACUCCUUUGCAUACUUCCACCUCAAAGCCAAGACGAAUCGAUCGAAAUAGUCAAAAUAAGUCG